GUACACACAUUUGUGCUUCCUCUCAGUUGUCAUGGCUGAACGACGGCAUGCAGUAAACUCCAGUUUAGGGGAUCACUGACUUGUUUUUAUUUAUUUUUACAGAUGUGGGGAAGAGGAUUUCUCAUCCCCCAGGUGGUAAACACAGUUCGCCUCACGUGGAGUCACCGACAUUUCUUCACCAUGCAGCUGAAAACCAAGGAGUUCCGGUUAUUAUUCACUGAGGGACUGAAUGCUCUAGCAGGGAUCUUUCAGAAGCACCAGUUUGAGCUAAGGAUUGCAGGGGGAGCUGUGCGGGACCUUCUGUCAGGGAAACAACCUCAAGAUGUAGAUUUUGCCACUACUGCUACACCUGAGGAGAUGAAGCGCAUGUUCCAGGCUGCAGGGAUCAGAAUGAUCAACAACAAAGGAGAGAAACAUGGUACCAUCACUGCCAGGCUGCAUAAUGAGAACUUUGAAGUGACCACUUUGCGUGUGGACGUACAGACAGAUGGACGACACGCGGAAGUGGAGUUCACUACAGACUGGCAGAAAGAUGCUGAGCGCAGAGACCUCACAAUUAACUCCAUGUUCCUUGGGCUGGAUGGGACCUUGUACGACUAUUUCCAAGGUUAUGAGGAUCUCCAGAACAGAAAAGUUCGCUUUGUUGGGAAUAGUGCACUUCGGAUUCAGGAGGACUACUUGCGAAUUCUGAGAUAUUUCAGGUUUUACGGGCGUGUGGCAACUGAGCCAGGGCAGCAUGAUCGGGAAACUCUAGAGGCGAUCCGGGACCACGCAUCAGGCCUGGCAGGAAUCUCAGGGGAGAGAAUCUGGGUGGAACUAAAGAAGAUGCUGGUGGGGAAUCAUGCGGCUCACCUGCUCGGGCUUAUUUAUGAGCUAGAUCUGGCUCAGUACAUAGGUCUCCCAGCAGAUGUCAGUAUUGAGGAGAUGAAUCAGGUGUACCAGAGGUCUCAAGGCAGUGCUCCUAAGCCAAUGACUGUCCUCUCAGCACUGUUCCGUGGGCCAGAAGAUGUGGAAAGGCUGGAUCUGCGAUUGAAGAUCUCCAGAGAGGAGAAGACCCUUGGCAUCUUUCUGGUGAAACACAGACGAGACCUUGUUAGCGGACAAGAUGAGAAUGAUGGCCUGAAGCCAUUCACUGAUUUCAUCAUUGAUUCCCGGGAGCCAGACGCGCAGAGCAAAGUGCUGGAGCUCCUGAAGUACCAGGGUGAGAGGAAGCUCCUGGCUGAACUGAGUUCCUGGUCCAUCCCUCGUUUCCCUGUCAGCGGCCAUGACCUGCGUCGCCUGGGAAUCACCUCAGGAAAAGAAAUUGGUACGACCCUGCAGGAGCUCCGAGAUAUCUGGAAGAAGAGCCGCUACCGGCUGGGCAAGGAGGAACUCUUGAGUACCAUCAGCAGUCCCUAAUAUAAGAUGAAGAAAAUCAUUGGGAGGUGGUUGUCAUGGUAAAGUGCUGUAAUGCCUUAGUUGAAGAGUGGUGCAAUGUGCCUGUACCGCCAUACGAUUUACGGCUAACAAGGAAGCGAGAAAUAUAGAGGAAAAACUGCCUGUAUGCAGGUUAAAGCAUAUGUAGUUUUGGUAAUCUCCUAGCUGCAUGAGAGCUUGGAAUACUGUAUUUGGCAGUAAUCUAUCAACACGCACAAAAUUUCAGCAGCUGUACUCUAAGGAUUUGCCCCCAAAAAUGUAAAAGCCGAAAUCCCAAACACAAAUUCCUGGUGUGUCAUGAUGGACAGAACCUCCACACUGCUUCAUUCCACUCUGUUCAUACAGUUAUCUCAGCCAUGCUUCACUUUUCUUCACACUCCUUUUAAUAUCAGGUUGCCAUUUGACCAUUGCUGAUAAUUCAUAUAAAUUUACAGAUGUAAUUCACAAUGGCCUAUAUAAAAAAAUUAUUUUUUUUGUUUUGUUUUCGUAAUUUGCCCUUUUAUAGGUUGCACAGUUAUCAGUUUGAAGAGGGAAUGUUCAGCUGGCUCUGAGAGAAAAAACUGCUUGAUGCAACUGUGGUUUGAGGAGUUCAUUACAGAGUAAAAAAAAAAAAACAUUGUAGGUGGUUAUGUAUCACUUAAUGUCUGACACUGAAGUACACAAAAAUACAAAUUUUAAAAGGUC